AUCAAUUCCGUUAUCCGUUAUCUCCAAAAAAAAAAAGUCCUAUUAGUUAACUACCCCCAAGACUUCUCAAAGAUUCAUACUAUUGGAGUCACUUGACUUUUUGGGACGUUCCUUUCGAGCGACUGGCAUGCCAUGAGGUUUGAGAAAACUAACCUAAAGAUCACCCUAAGCUAGCCUUGCCAUGAAUGCCGCGCCCUGGCACUUGCCGUACAUGGUUAAUCUUUGGUGCUUGGCAACAGCUUUUGCCUUACUUACCCCAGAUCCUAAUACCCCACAGUCUCGCGGAGCUGAGGAAGCUGAGGGAAACACGUCAUUGAAAAUUGGCAUGUGCUACUUUGCCGAGCUCUGCCGUGAUAAUUUUGAGGUUCAAUAUUGUUUGGGUGUAUUUCUCUUUUUUCUUUGACAUUGCUGACUUAUCUCGAUUUAACUAAUGGUACCUAGGUAGGUAAUGCGUACAAGCACUUAG